UGGGGGGGGGGGAGAGAAGGGGUCUUUGCCACUGAUCUGUAAUCCAAUUGAGUACCUUUAGUGCUGUUACUAUGAUCUUCCACCUUCCACAGAUUUUGGGGAAAUCUGGAAGCAUGGAUAUAUUGGGGUCAUAUUUCAGUAUUCUAAUGCUCUGAAAUGUUGCUUCUGAAUUGAAAUCAAGUCUUUGGACCAUCUUCACCACAUCUGUUCAAGUCCAAGGUUGCCCUAGGCACUUAAAAAAAUGUCACAGAUUAUAGGGAGUAAAAAAAAUCAUCUGAUGAUGCUCCAAUUUUUUUUCUACAUCAUUAUAAUUGCUCCAUAGCAUAAAUACUUUUAAUCAAACUUGCCUCUUGAAUGGUUAACAUGGAAAUGACACCAAAAAAGAAGUCAUUUCUCUUAGAAGAAGCUAGUCUGACUGAUUAGGGAAGCAUCAUAAAGAGAGAGCUUUGUAAAAGAGAAUGAAUGAAUGAAUGAAAACAUAUAUAUUAAAUGCUUACUCCCAUAUGUGCUUUGCAGAUACAAAUGCAAAUAUAUUAUCUCUGCUCCAGAAACUUUAUCUAGAGAAUAAUGUAUACAGAGGAAGGGGGGGGUAGGAAAAAGUAUUUUGGUUUGGAAAAUUAUAAGAAUGGUGAGUAGAUUAGGCACACCCUUUCCAGGAUUAAUGAGAAUUGUUUUGAUUAUGAUACCUCAAUUGGAAUGGGAGAGGGUUGGUCUGGGUAGGGUACCCAGGUCAUAGAGAAGUGGCUGACUGGGGAAUGAAGUGAAAUAUGACAAGAGUCAAGCUCAGAGGUAAUGGGGUGACUGUGUUAUUAGUCAUGAGAGUAGGGACAAGAUGGGGUCUUCUUAAAAUGGUUUGAUGAGAUAAAACUUGGUUGGAGCAAGGAAAGAAUCCGGUACUGAUACCUGGCUUCCAGUUAAUGGUGAUUGUGUGACCUUGGGCACAUGAUUCAAUUUUUCCCAACCUGUUUCCUCACCUCUAAUAAUAAUAGCUGACAUUUAUACUGAACUUUAAAGUUUGCUGACAGUUUUACCAUAAGUAUUUCAUUUCAAUCCCACAAUAACCCUGGCUGUAGACUCUAUGAUAAGUUCUAUUAUCCCCAUUUUACAGAUGGGAAAAUGGACACUUCAAAUGUAUAUAACUAGUGUCUAAAAUAAGAUUUGAACUUAGGCCUUCCUGAGCAUUAUCUCAGCACACCUCAUUACUUCUUUGUGAAAUGAUGAGCUUGGACUAGAUUAUCCCUAAGGUUGUUUCCAGACCUAGUGUUUCCUGACUCUGACAAAACUCUUCACUUCUUACAAAAAUGCUUGAGUGGCUGCUUUAUCGUAUUCAUUUCACCUCUCAUGUUUUCCACUGUCAGUGGGGCAUUUGGUGUAGUGAGCACAGGAUUUAUGGAAGUGUUACAUGAAUACACACAACCAUAUUUUCAGUUUUAGCUUAAAAGUUUGUCUUUGUUUUAAGUCUGAUUUCUUUAAAGCCCAGUCUGGUUCCUAUCAAUGUUUUGAGCCAUUAUUCCCAUUAAAUCAUUCAUUCACUCAUUCAUUCUCUCUGUGUGUGUGACAUUCGUGAUGGAGAAGGGAAGGAAGAUGAUAAAGCUAAAUUAGACACUCUCCACUAUCUUCUGGAAACCUGACAAAUCAUUGGACUACUUAAUCACUAAAUCACAAGAUUCUUUUAUAUCUCUUAGAUUUGAAACUGGAAGGGAUUUUAUUGAUCACACUAUUAUUGCUCUAGAGAUGGAAGGAAUUUAUUUCAGACAAGAUCGGGCAUGUUCAGGAUAGUAUGGCCAUAGAUAGAAGGAAUUUCAGAGACCAUAUGAUUCAACUCUCAAUUAGCAGAUGGGAAAAAUGUUUCAUGGAGGCUGAGUAACUUGUUCAAGGUAGUAAGUAACAGAACUUGAAUUUGAACCUAUGUUCCACAAAAAGUUUUUUUCCAUUGCAUCAUACUGAAUGUGCUUUGAAUAUGCCCUGAACAUUUGUUUAAAAACAAAACACUUGUUACUGGCUGAGUAGGUUUACUUAAUGCAACAGAUAAUUUUAAAGGUUCAUUCAAAAAAAUUUCUUUCUUUCUUUUGUGUUAUCCCUGCUGUAUCCCAGAAGAGCAUUCUUCCCUUUAUCUUUCAGGGAGGAGAUACAUUCCAGCAGAAUGACUGGUAUUUUGGAAGGUAGCCAGCAAGGUGGAUUGUGUACAUGUGUGGGCACAUGCAUUCAUUCUUGGUGGUGUGGGGACCUUGGUUUCUAACAAAGCCUGGCCUGCUGCACACCCUUCUGAAUCUGUAGGUGCUGCUGGUGUCAUGGAACAUUAAAAAGUAUGGUUAUGUCAUUUCAGGCACCUGAGCUUUGGUUUCUCUAUGGGCUGUACUGGACUGGCCAUUCUACCUGGCAAUUGGGAACGAUGUAACUUUGCUAAGCACAGAUACCACUCUGUCAGCUGGAGAGGAAAAAGAUCCAGGGCCUGGUUCUAUCUUUGUAGCAGGCAAAUUCAGAGGAAGGUAUUGGGAAGAAUGUCAUCUGUGACCGAACAGCUACCCCCCUCGAUGCUUUCCGAAUGAUGUCGGCUGCCCACUACUACCCCAAACUCAUGAGUAUCAUGGGCAACGUCCUGCGCUUCCUGCCUGCCUUUGUGCGCAUGAAGCAGCUCAUCCAAGAAGGCUACGUGGGGGAGCUGCUGGUAUGUGAAGUACAGGUGCACAGCGGGAGCCUCCUGGGCAAGAAGUACAACUGGAGCUGCGACGACCUGAUGGGAGGCGGGGGCUUGCACUCCGUGGGCACUUACAUCAUCGACCUGCUGACCUUCCUCACCAGCCAGAAGGCAGUGAAAGUUCAUGGGCUGCUCAAGACCUUCGUGAAGCAGACGGACCACAUCAAGGGCAUCCGCCAGAUCACCAGCGAUGACUUCUGCACCUUCCAGAUGGUACUGGAGGGUGGCGUGUGCUGUACUGUUACCCUCAAUUUUAACGUGCCGGGGGAAUUCAAGCAGGACAUAAUUGUGGUGGGCUCCACCGGGCGGCUGAUGGCGGCUGGCACAGAUCUCUAUGGCCAGCGGAACAGUUCCCCGCAGCAGGAGCUCCUGCUGCAGGACGCUACUCCCGUCAGCAACUCCCUGCUGCCGGAGAAAGCCUUUAGUGACAUCCCCUCGCCGUACUUACGGGGGACCAUCAAGAUGAUGCAGGCGGUCCGGCAGGCCUUCCAGGACCAGGAGGACCGGCGGACCUGGGAUGGGCGGCCCCUCACCAUGGCUGCCACUUUUGAUGACUGCCUCUAUGCCCUCUGUGUGGUGGAUACCAUCAAGCGGUCCAGCCAGACAGGGGAGUGGCAGAACAUCACCAUCAUGACUGAGGAACCAGAGCUGAGCCCCGCCUACUUGAUUAGCGAAGCCAUGCGCAGGAGCAGGAUGUCUCUGUAUUGCUAGCAUGGGUUAGGGACAGCAAUGGCCACGGGAAAUUUGGGGAUGGCGGAGGGAUGGCAUUGGUGAGGUGGAAGAAGAGUUCAGCUGAAUGCUUUUGGGGGUGGAGAAAAUGAAGCUCCUUCUUUGCUGCAAAAAAAAAAAAAAAAAAAAAAAAAAAAAAAAAAAAAAAAAAAAAAACCUUAAGGCUUUGUGGGGAAUGUAUCCCAAACAGGAUUCUUUAUGGGCAUGAAAUAACCACAUGAGGAUUUAGAAUCCUCUGGGCUGCACUUGUCUUGUCAGCAGCCAGUAGUGCUAGCUGGCCGAAUUCAAGGUGGAAAUUCCUAUGUGGUUUAUCUGCCUUUUUUUGCAUUUACUGUGAAAGGUAGAGGGCCUUUUUUUUUUUUUUUUUUUUUUUUUUUUUUAACUUUCCUUGCCUCUUCUCUUUGCAUCACUUCUCAACAUGUGGCUCUGUACCCUCCUACAUAUUUAUCAUAACUUUCCUCCCCAGCCACAUGGUGCUAUUAGAUCAGGCUGCAUUCAUUGGCUAGCUCUGUUUGCUGCUGGCAUGAAUGACCUUCCCAAUAUCCAAUUCUGGCACCAUGCGGUUUUGCAAUCUCACAUUUUCAUAUAUACCCAUUUUCUCUAGAGGAAAAAGAUGAGCAGUGUGUGUGUGUGUGUGUGUGUGUGUGUGCACGCAGAGAUGAGUGUGAGAGAAUUGUCCAGUGUGAUGGUUUGGCAGCUGCCCAGUCAUUUUUCACACUAUACUGUUUGAAUGAGAAAGCAUCAUUAAAUCUUAUUCUGUAGGGAAGGGUAUAGUUUUUCUGGGUAACACAGUCCCUCUUUCACUCACUGUCUGCCUCUAUUCCUUCCUCCUCUUGGAGAUUGUUGGUGAGGGUCUUUCCAAAAAUUAGCUUACAUCAAUUUUUUCCCAUAAGUAACUUGAUGAGCUUGAGAAGCAGAAAGUAAAGCUCCCUUUGAAAUUUUUUUCCUUACAAAAUUGGGUUAGGAGGCAGGGCUAAAUCAAUCAAAAGUUUGAAUAAGCGUACUGAAAUCUCACUAUAACACUUAUUAGAUUUUAAUAUGAGAUUGAAUUAAAAUUUAUGGAUAUAAGAGAGACCAUAGGUUACUCUAAUAUGAUUUUGUUUGCCAAGGUGAUUGCACAACUCAAACCUCAGGUGUAUAUAAUAUUAAAAAGCUAGUGAGGUCCACGUAUCCUUGGCUAACAGUCCCAUCUGUCCUUGGUAUAGAGUUGAGAAAAGCAGGUGAUUUGACAUGAUAGGUAUAACAGUCCAGAAUGAAUUUAAAGCUCACAGUACUUUUGGAAUCAUCUUAAACUGUAUUAAACCCCUUUCUAUUCACUUAGAUGAAGAAAAAACAUCCCAGAACUGUUGCUCAGUUUUUUUUUCCCCUAUAGGUUUGAAAGGAAAAGAGCUGAUUUAGUCCUUCAUAUCUCUCUAAAAAGAAUCCUUUCUUCUUUGCAUCCUUAGAAAAAUAAGGAUCAUCUGACUUGCCUCUGAUCCCAAGAUCUAGGUCAGUCUCUUGGUGAAUUUUAGUUAGACUUUUAAAAAUGAAAUCAAAGGGCAUAAAUUUCCUUGAUUUGAGGGCAUUUGGAUCCCUCUGAAACAUGAUUAAUCCUACAAAACUACCCUAUCUUGGACAAAUCACUUAGCAUCUCUUUGCCUCAGUUUCCUACUCUGUUAAAGGAGAGGAUUGGACAAGAUUGCCUCUAUGGUCCAUUCUAGAGCUAAAUUUAUGAUUUGGUAAUUCUCUGAACUGAAGGUAGAAAGUCACUGAUAAUUUGUUGCUUGGUCUGUCACUGACCCAUGCUGAGAAAAGAAAGCUGACUUCAGUGAAGAUGGCAGGGACUGUGAGUUAUUUUUCAGUUGACUGGAAAUAGAAUUAGAAGAAACCUCUAGAAGGCAUCUGACACUGGGCAUGUGCAUAUCUAAAUUGACAGGCAUCUUUAGCUUCUUUUCUCUCCCUUUUCUUCCCACCAGUGAAAUAUAUUAUAGGUCCCUGGGCUACUAUAGUAUAUUUAAUUUUUUUAAAUAAAUUAAAAUCCUACUGGAAAUAUUCUGCUGUAUCCUGUAAAGGAUUAAGUUUAAGGAUCAUCAACCUUGAAACAAUUAAUCCUAACUGUAACAUCCUUUACCUUUUGGUCACUGACUUAAAGCCAUUACAAUAAGGAGUUCCAGCCUCUUGCUGCAAUAGAUUCAAAAUGGAAAAUUUAAUAGGAUUUAUACAUCUCCUUGGAAUCACCUUAGAUUUCUUCAAGAACUCCAUUUCUUGGAGGUACUCACAUGCAAUAGGACCUCCCAUCCCUCUUUUCCUAGGUUUCUAGGGUAGGUGGGAUGCUUACCUUUGGGUAAAUAGAUUUUAUGGGUCCUGAGUGAAAAAGUGCUUAAACGCAGUAUAUUUGAAAAGAGAUGCCUGUCAGCAGGAAGAGAGAGAGAGGGCAAAGUAAAUUUGCCCAUUCUCUUUGUUUAAAAUUCCAAAUCACAUGCUGAAAUUUGGAAAAUCUUUAGUAACUCACCAUAAAAGUAGGGAGAUAUUUUCAAAGACUUUAUGAUAGAAAUUCAGGGUUCUCUUUGGUAGCCUGUGAAUGUCCUCUUUGAAGAUGGGACAUGGUAGAAAUGUGUAUUUCCUAGUUGAAAAAAAAAAAAAAACAGAAGGGAACAUUUAACCAAGGAAACUCCAAAGA